AUGGGGAGAAGGCUGGGUGCAGACGCUUCCGCCUACCAAGCCAGUCAGGGUUGGACCAUCCACAGGCUGGUGUAUGGGGCUUCCCUGGCGGUCCAGUGGUUAAGACUGCACGUUGCAAUGCAAGGGACACUGGUCCAGGAUGAUCCCACAUCCCGCGGGGCAGCAAAGCCCGUGCGCCACAGAACUGCGGAGGCCUGUGCUUUACAGCUUCUUCUCCACAAGAGAAGCCACUGCAGUGAGAAGCCUGCACACCGCAAGAAGAUCAACCCCCGCCAGCAUGACUCGGCAGCAGCAAAGGCCCACCACAGUCAAAAAAAAUAA